CAUUAUCAGGAAAAGUAAUUGAUAUACACCCCAUGCACGUAGCACCCUCUUUAUGGAACCACAGUCGGAGCCAAGACAAUGGCGACCGGACCUCGUCUUCCGAUCACUCUAUAAAGAGGGCUGUCGAAUUUUGGGGGCGGUGGACUCCCUGCGAACGACUCGUACCCGCUCAUCAUGGGUGUAUCUAUAUCGCUCAUCCUUCCUAUUGGCUUGUUUGUAUGGACCCUUGCAAGAUAUACCGCUGUGAGGCUCAGAGGCAAAAACUCUCUACCCUUACCACCAGGUCCGGCCCAGCUACCGCUACUGGGUGCCGCUCUUGAAGUCGACGGCGACACUCCAUGGGUGACGUAUAGAGAGUGGGCAGCGAAGUAUGGCGACAUUGUCAGCUGCCACUUCUUCGGUCGUCGAGUAGUGGUCUUGAACUCCGAGAAAGCUGCAGAUGACCUCUUGGAGAAACGCUCUCGCAUUUAUUCUGACAGAGCUGAUAUAUCUACGAUCCCUAUGUCUGGAUGGGACUUGGAUAUCAGUUAUGGCCGCUAUAACAGUGAAUGGCGUUUAUACCGACGACUUUUCCAGCAAACUUUCCGUGAGCAGAAAGUGCCCGAUUAUCGCACAACGCAGCUUGCCGCUGCCCACCGCCUUUUGAUGAACAUGGACACUUACCCGGCGGAAAAGCUAUUUGAUCUUCUAUCACUGUGUACGGCUUCUGCGAUCCUUUCUACAAUAUACGGUUACGAGGUCAACACCCUCGAUGACCCUCUGUUCAACAUCAACGACAAGGCGGUUGAGAGCGGAUUCCCAUUGUUGACUCCCGAAAAGUCGAUUGUUCCAGACACUUUCCCCUUCAUCAAGUAUCUCCCGGCGUGGUUGCCCGGCAUGUCAAUCGUCCGCAACGCCCAGAUCUCGAAGCAUUGGACUCACCAAUAUGUCAACUUUCCUUACAACUUUACAAUGGAGAAAAUGCAAUCGGAUCCCGCGUUUGCUUGUGUGCUCUCGGAGAUGAUCCGAGAGGGCGAGGAGAAUGGUCAGAGCAUUCCGGUGCCGUAUUUGAAGAAAUUCGCGGCGACCUCUUUCAUUGCUGGUGCUGACACGUCUGGGAGCGUAUUGCUGUCUUUGGUCGCAGCCUUAGUGCAGAAUCCUGCUGUACAGAAACGCGCCCAGGCUGAACUCCGGACCGUUGUCGGCGAUGAUCGGCUGCCCACAUUCGGGGACCGGGCUUCGCUCCCUUACAUUGAUGCGAUGAUCCGGGAGGCCAUGAGAUGGGGCGCGGUUGUCCCUCUUGGUGUUCCCCAUUUCUCCACGGAAGACGAUGUCUACGAGGGGUAUUUCAUUCCGAAAGGCUCGAUUGUCACUGCCAAUACAUGGGCGAUGUCUCGCGAUCCUCGCCGGUAUCCUGAUCCCGAGGCUUUCCUGCCGGAACGAUUCCUGACCAAAGACGGCGAACUCACCGACGACGACGUGAGGUUCACCUUUGGAUGGGGUCGGCGAAUCUGUCCGGGACGGUACUCGGCGUCGGCAGCAAUCUGGAUCGCUACCGUCUCGAUGUUGACGGCGUAUAGCUUCGAGAGAGCUAAAGACGAGAACGGGGCAGAGAUCGAUGCAGUGCAGGAGUGGACGACUGGAAUUGCGAGGAAACCUAAACAGCUCCCAAUGCGCGUUGUUCCUCGGUUUGACCGACCGAGGCUGGAACAGAUGGUGAAAGAAGCGCAGCACGCCUAGUCAUUCUUGUAACUUGUACUAGGACAAAGGAUUAUACUCCUGUCUUGACUUGUUGCUUAUACAUAUCAUCUGUAUGUACAACUAACCUGAGACGCC